AUGAGCGCUGUCGUUGAUAAUGCCGUGAAAACUACCCAACCACAAGGAGUUUUUUCUCGAGCUUUCGCAAAACGAGCUCAGCCCUACGAGGAAGUCAUCAAGAGUCUGAACCGAUUGAGCAAAGAGGGUGAAGGACUUACCAAUGAAGAUGGAGCUUCAACGCACCCCACCUUGGCCUUGAUGAGGCGCAUCCUUUCUGAUGCCCAGGCAAAACUCCGCGUGAUGGUGGAGGAGAACGCAGCAACGGGUGCCCGGCUGGACGGGGAGCUGGAGCGUGCACGUGGUGAAUGUGCAAAUCUCCGGGGUGAAUUGAGAACCGUCCGCGGCGCCCUAGUGCUCAACAAUAAUCACACGAAUAAUGGUGGUACGAGCAACAGCAGCAAUGCCAGUGGUAAUUCGACAAACAGUCCAAGUACCUCCGCAAGUACUACAGCCACAACUACCAACAAUUUAUCUACGCCGGCGAGUCAAGACAGUACUGAGUCACCAGGACACAAUAGUCAAGAGGAAACUUCGAAACGUUUAAGUGCUAACAGCAGUCCUGUCGACAAAAGGAGCUCUGCUAGCGAAAAAUCAGUCAGCCCCGUUGACAAAGGCAACGGUCCGAUUGAUAAAAAAUACAAAAAAGAUUCUAAUAGUCCUAUUGAUCGUUCCAAAACUAGUCCAUCUGCCGAUCGCGGUUCACGAACCACAAGUUUUUUUCAACGUAGCGGAAGCGAACGAUCCAGCGGUGAAAAACUACGUAUCACAACCAACCGCGAUUCAAUACGGUCGAACAAAGAUUCAAGCAUCGAACAUGACAAGGAUAGUUGCAGCAAAGACAUAAUUGAUGGUGAUGUAAGACCAGAUGAAGACAACGAACCUCCAGCUCCGGCUCCCAGCAGCAGACCAACAUCUCCCGCUAGUUCACUCGCUUCAAGAUUUUCCGGCCUUCAUACCGGUACUUCAGUUGAGUUGGCGAGCACUCGACGACUCCGUUUAGAGAAUGAACGACUCGUGGCAGAAGUUGCGAGAUUACGACGCUUAUUACUAAGCGGUGCAGCACGAGGCGAGGUCGGUGGUGAAGAUGCAGCCAUUGAAGAAGAAGCUCGUUUUGUGGCUCUAGAAAUGGAGUUGCAACACUCUCGAGAGAUUAUCCAAGCCCUCAAAACUGAUCGCAAGAGGCUCAAAGCUGAGAAGUUCGAUCUACUCAAUCAGAUGAAAGCACUUUACAGUACUCUCGAAGACAAGGAACGCGAACUCCGUGACUUUAUACGGAAUUACGAGCAGCGGAUGAGGGAAAACGAAGCAACACUUGGACGACUUCAACAUGGAAGUGGAUUGCCGAAUGAAGAACGCGAACGAGAACGCGAACGUGAACGCUGGAGUCUCCUAAGAGCUGCCAGAGAUGAAGCUGACCGGAGUGAGUCCCUCGUCUCAUUUCCCCGAGGCAGCGUUAAUGGGACAGCAACACCUGGCGCCUGCAGCAACAGCGGAGUUGGAAAUUGUGUACCGAUGCUGCUCCCGCACCUGGGCUCCCAACCGCCCUUGGGCAUGACUGAUCUCUGUGUGGGCAGUGUCACUAGCACGGGUGUAUCUGGCACUGGACAGGCUGGUGAUCGUGGAAGCUGCAGCGCCGAUAGCGGUGUACGCGGGUCCAGCGAUCGCGAAAGCGGUGGUGCCACAAGUGUCGGUGGGAACUUAUCAGAUUCUACCACUGAUGGAACACCGACAAUAACUGUUGAGGGAAGUGGUCUCGACAUGGACAGCAUCUCCGUGAUCUCUUCCAUAGCCCCAUCGCAUAUGUACCAGUCAGCAACAACGCCAAAAGACUGCAGUCCAACACUGUCGCCGUUAAAUGCAUUCUCACGGGCAAUGAACACAUCGUCGAUGUCGCGAUCGGUCGAGCAGCUCUCCAGCCCAAUGGAUUCUGAGCCGAGGAGAUGCAAACAGAGUCCACCUGUCGUAGCACCUGUCGCUCACGUACGCUCAUCUGCGACAAGAGGCGGGCCCUGGGGAUCUAUUUCCAGGGUUUUCGCACGCUCGCGUCACCGGAAAACGAUAAACAGUUCUGUGAGCGGGAGCGCCGGAAACGAGGGCCCGGAAGCCUUCGAUCCAUACAGAUCCUGGUCGCCCCUCACCGAGGAAGGCUACGCUGAGAAGUUGAGAUUACUCAGAGAGGCUGCUACAAUACCAAUGGAGCGCUGGCGGGCACCCACCGUGCUUGCUUGGCUUGAGGUUGCUCUUGGAAUGCCACAGUAUGGACCAAGAUGCGCUGAAAAUAUUAAGUCUGGAAAGGUAUUGUUAGAGUUGAACGACGCUGAACUAGAAGCGGGUCUCGGUAUAACGCAUCCACUUCACAGGAAGAAACUCCGACUUGCUAUUGAAGAACAUCGUCAUCCAAGUCUCGUUCGUUAUCCGUGCAUUGCACAACUUGGUCAUACUUGGGUUAGUUCUGAGUGGUUACCAGACUUAGGACUCGCUCAAUACUCCGAGAGCUUUGCAACAAACAUGGUUGACGCGCGAAUGCUGGAUCAUGUUGUUAAAAAGGAGCUUGAAAAGUUGCUUGGUGUUACGCGGAAAUUUCACCAAGCAAGUAUUAUGCAUGGAAUUAAUUUACUGAGAAUGCUCAAGUAUGAUAGACAGGCAUUGGCUGUUAGGAGGCAUCAGUCAGAGCAAGUCGAUGAGGACCCAUUAGUUUGGACUAAUCAAAGAUUUAUUAGAUGGGCGAGGAAUAUCGACUUGGCUGAGUACGCAGACAAUCUCAAAGAUUCCGGAGUACAUGGUGCACUGGUAGUGUUGGAGCCUUCAUUUACGGGUGACACGAUGGCGACAGCGCUCGGAAUUCCGCCAGCUAAGCACAUGAUACGCCGACACCUGACAGCUGAGCUAGAAGGACUCGUUCUUCCAGCAAGCUGGAGGUCGUCCCGAGGAACCACACCGGAGCAAGGCCGAUGA